GCACUAGAAAUUGCGAGUGUCUCCAGCCUUUGUGGAGUGAAGUCAUUUGGCACAAGUGACACGUUAAAAGUGCUGUGGUGAGAACUGAUUUCUUGAGGACUUUGAAACUAGUAUAUCGGGUUUUACUUUGAGGAACGAGCAACGGAAGUGAAUCUCCAAGCACCUUGCGGUUCCAUUAGCCCGUGUUUUCAGACUCUCGGUAGCUACCGGACCCAUAGUAAGCUGCAGGAAGAGAAUGAACAGGCGCCCCGUGGCUGCUUCCGGGAGAAGGAAGUGGCGUCAUCACUGGGCGCCCGGCAGAAGGCAGCAGUCUAACCAGGCGAAAGAGGAUGCUGAGCCGGCUACAGGAGCUCCGCAAGGAGGAGGAAACGCUACUGCGUCUAAAGGCGGCCCUACACGACCAACUGAACCGCCUCAAGGUGGAAGAACUGGCCCUCCAGUCCAUGAUAAAUUCUCGAAGAGGGACUGAGAAGCUCUCUUCUCAGCCUGCACCUGAACAGUUGUGUGAUAUGGCAGUGCAUGUAGACAAUGAAGCGUCCAUCAACCAAACCACACUGAAGCUGAGUACAAGGAGCCCUAUGGAGGAAGAGGAGGAGGAAGAGGAAGAAGAAUCUGAUUCCUAAAGGGGAACAAGAGCUAGGGUCCUGGGAAAGUGGUAGUCACUGUUGAAGUUCUGCACAUGAAGAGCGGUCCAAAGAUUGAAGUUGCAGGAGACCCAUUAGUCCACUGCACAGAGCUGGCAGUGUGUGCACCGGCCAGUGUGUGUGUGUGUGUGUGGGGAGGAGGGGUGUUUUUUUCUUCUUCUGAGACAAGAUCUCUCUACAUAGCGCUGGCUGUCCUGGAACUCACUAUAUAGACCAAGCCGGCCUCAAACUCUGAGAUCCAUCUGCCCUUGCCCCCCAAGUACUGGAUUUAAACGUGCAUAUGCUGCCACGCACUGCAUGUUGGCUGGUUUUUAAUGUAAAUUCAAAACAAACUGGUCAUUUGGGAAGACGGAGCCUCGACUGAGAAAAUGCCCCAUCAGACGCCUGUAGGCAAGCUUGUGGUGCGUUUUCCUGAAUGAUGACUGAUGUGGAGCCCAGCUCCCUGUGGGCUGUGUCACCCUGAGCUGUAAGAAUUCAGCAAGCAUGAAGAAGGAGCCAGGAAGCGGGGCUCCUCUGCCCUGAGUUCUCUAGAUGAUGGACUGAUUACAAGCUGCAGACUGAGCAACUCCGGAGUUGCUUUUGGUCAGGGUGUUCUGUCGGCAGCAGAAACCCUCGUUUGUGGUAUUUAUACCUUCCAGCUGUGUCCUGCCUUCACUUCCCACCUCAGUGCAUGGCUAAAUCACGCCAUUUCCUAGAGUCUAGAGAAAUUGGAAGGAAGGCCUGCCACCAAAGCAGAAAUACCUUUUGUCCUUUUUAUUUUAACCUGAUAGUAUUUUUAUUAGAAUAAGAGAUUAGAUUUGAUAAACAUCUGGAUUAAAGUGAUUAAAAGGGUUUCGUACAAUCUGUAGGCACUAUACACGUUGUUUACAAUAGCAUUGGUGCUCGGAUUGAAGAUAGAACCGACACAUACUGAUGCCAUAAUCCAUUUAUGACGUUCAAACUAACUCCACCUAUUUAGAAACACGAAUCCAAACUGAAGAGACAUACACCACACUAUGUACCCCACACAGUAUAUUUAAAAAUAAAUAUAGAAAUACAACCAGAAGUCUAAAAA